UAAAAAAAAUAGUCAGUUUUUAUAUACUUGUUGGCAUUGCUUCUUAGUAUUUGAAUUUAUCGAACAAUCAAUAGUGGUUGAAGAUGAAACAAGAUGAUGAAGAUGUACACAAAGCAUAUUAUAAAAAUGAUCACAUUUUAUCCGUUUUAUUAUGUGCUAUUUCUAUACCUUUAUCAAUGUCCAUGUGGAUAUUGAAUAUCAUCUAUUCAAAAUUUUUACGAGAUAGUGAAGGGCACGAUGAACCAGUUGUAAUAUCGCCAGCGAGAUGGAUGGCAUCAUGCUUUAUACCUCUAGCAAUGACAGUUUAUGGCUAUAAAAGGAAAAGUCUAAAUUGUAGUGGUGCUUUUCUUGGUUUUGGUGUGGGAUUAGUACUCACACUAAGCAGCUACUGUUUCUUGGCAGCUCUUUUUACAUUCUUUAUAACAUCAUCAAGGGCAACGAAAGUAGGUUUUCGCAUUAAGAAAAAGAUUGAAGAAGAAUUUAAGGAAGGUGGUCAAAGAAAUUGGAUACAAGUACUCUGUAAUGGAGGAAUGGCAACUCAACUAGGGCUCCUGUACUUAUUGGAUGUUGGUGCCUCUGAAAGACCAAUAGAUUUCAUCAAAGACUAUAGAGCUUCUUGGCUCUCUGUAGGUGUACUUGGUGUAUUUGCAUGUAGCAAUGGUGAUACUUGGGCAUCAGAAUUGGGUACUGUUUAUGCAAAUUCAGAGCCAUUCUUGGUAACAUCUUGGAAAAGAGUUCCAAAAGGAACCAAUGGUGGAGUUUCUCUUAUAGGAACAUUCUUCAGUACACUUGGAGGUCUUAUCAUUGGUUUAUCUUACUAUUUGGCAAUAUUUUAUUUCUCUGAAAAGGCAUUGUGGGCUAAUUCGCCCCCUCAAUGGCCAGUAAUUGUAUUUGGAGGGCUAGCUGGGUUCCUUGGCAGCAUGAUAGAUUCCUUAAUGGGAGCAACAUUUCAAUAUUCAGGUUUAGAUAAAAAUGGAAAGAUAGUAUCACAUUCCAGUUUAACUGUCAAACAUAUUAGCGGAAGAAACAUUCUUGAUAAUCAUAGUGUCAAUCUAAUAUCAACAGUUAUUAUGGGCAUUCUUAUGCCAACUAUAUGCAAAUGUAUGUGGCCUCUGUUUUAAAUAGGAAAAAAUAACAAAAGCAGAAAUGUCAUGUAAUUAAAAUUUUUUAGUAUAAUAC